AUUGUCGUCAGUUUUGGCGCGUUCGAUUUCAUACCGACUGUUUGUUUCGGUGUUUACAGAAUCGCUUUUUUGAUACGGAAAAUUUCGUGUUUUUACCUGGAAGAUAAGUUUUAUUUGUGCAUCUACGAUUCGAACAUAUUGACCAACAAUGAACGAUAGCUUUGGCGGCGGCUUCAAUGUUACCUCCACCGGCGGUGCCGCCCAGGAGAACAAAGCCGAGGGUGUGCUUCCGCUGUUCAUCAAACACAUCCUGACGCAACGCUCCGAAGAGAACUCGGUCGAGCUGUUCGGCAUCCAGUACAGUAUCGUGGCGUUGGUGGCGAUCGUGCGACAUAUCGAUCACUCGUCGACCAAGGUUACCUACCAGCUGGAGGAUCACACCGGCCAGAUCGACGCUCAUCUCUGGCUGGAGGAGAACGACGGGGCGUUGCAUGUCCCCGGGAUCAUAGCGUACGGGUACGUGCGGGUUGUGGGCUCGGUACGUAACCAGGGCGAUGGCAAAGCGAUUAUGAUUUUCAACAUCGAGCAGGUAAAGCAUCCGAACGAGGUAACGACACAUCUGCUCGAGGUGCUGAACGCUCGCUACAAAAGCGAAGAGUACGCGAAGGGCGGAAAGGGUAGUCGCAUGGAGGGAUUGGAGACGGAAGAGCUUUCCAGCGGAGGGUUCAUGGAGACAGACGGCGGGAACACGUUGGGUCUGACCGGCAAGCAGGUGGUGGUGUACAAGGCCAUCAAGAGUAAUGUGUCCGAGAAGGGCAUUACUUUGCAGGAACUGCAACGCAAGUUUGCUCACAUCAGCGUAUCGGAAAUUAAGAGUAUCACUGAUUAUAUGAUCCAGGAGGGAAUGAUCUAUACCAGCGUGGAUCCAGAACACUUCAUUUGUGUGGAUGCAUAAUUUGUUAGUUGAAAUAAUGUAUAAUUGUUUUCCAUUUGCUACAUAAACAUUCUUAUCUGUUAUAUUGAUUGAAAUUAUUACAACGUAAAUAUGAAAUAUUGACUCUAUGGCACUAA